AACGCUGCCCUGAGACAGGCAUGCGGCUGAAGAGGAAGAGCACGGGAGGCGAAGGCCACUCCCCCGGCCAGUCUCCCUUCAGGAGCGCAGCCUUUAUAAAGGACCUCUCUGCAGACACUGCAUUCUUUUAUCCUGUAUUUCACAGAGAGUGCACAGAAGCUGCAAGAAGCGCCCUGUGAACUAACCACAGAAACUUCACAGCCACUUGUUUUUGUACAAGAGAAGCAAAUAGGAGAUCAUGAGAAAACUUUAAAGGCACAUAAAGAAGGCAAGCUUCAGAAACUGUCGGAAAUGAAUGGGCAUAUGCAGGUGCCCCAUUCCUACGACUAUGACCUCAUUGUCAUUGGUGGAGGCUCAGGUGGUCUGGCUGCUGCCAAGGAGGCUGCCAAAUAUGACAAGAAAGUGAUGGUGCUGGACUUUGUCACACCUACGCCUCUGGGAACAUCAUGGGGUCUUGGAGGAACAUGUGUAAAUGUGGGCUGUAUACCUAAAAAAUUGAUGCACCAGGCAGCUUUACUGGGACAAGCCUUGCAAGAUUCACGUAAAUUUGGAUGGCAGUUUACAGAAGAAGUCAAACACAACUGGAUGACUAUGACGGAGUCUGUUCAGAAUUACAUUGGCUCACUGAACUGGGGCUAUCGGGUGGCACUGAGAGAGAAGAAAGUCACGUAUGAGAAUGCAUAUGGAGAAUUCGUUGGACCACACACGGUUAAGGCAACAAAUAAAAGAGGAAUUGGGAAGCUGUACACAGCUGAGAGAUUUCUCAUUGCCACUGGUGAAAGACCACGUUACCUGGGUAUCCCUGGAGACAAGGAGUACUGCAUUAGCAGUGAUGAUCUUUUCUCUCUGCCUUACUGCCCAGGGAAAACCCUGGUGGUUGGAGCUUCUUAUGUUGCCUUGGAAUGUGCAGGAUUUCUUGCAGGUCUUGGAUUAGAUGUCACUGUAAUGGUGAGAUCCAUUCUUCUAAGAGGAUUUGACCAGGAUAUUGCAAACAAAAUUGGUGAAUAUAUGGAAGAACACGGAAUCAACUUUAUUAAACAGUUUGUGCCAAUCAAGAUUGAACAGAUUGAGGAAGGAACUCCUGGAAGAUUGAAAGUUACAGCCCAAUCCACAGUGGGGAACCAAAUAAUCGAAGGCGAAUACAAUACUGUGUUGCUAGCCAUUGGAAGAGAUGCAUGCACAAGAAAAAUUGGUUUGGACAAAGUUGGAGUGAAGAUCAAUGAAAAAACAGGGAAAAUCCCUGUCAAUGAUGAGGAGCAAACAAAUGUGCCAUAUAUCUAUGCUGUUGGAGAUAUACUACAGGACAAGCUGGAACUCACACCAGUGGCAAUCCAAGCAGGAAGACUGUUAGUUCAAAGGCUUUAUGGUGGAGCAACCAUUAAGUGUGACUAUGUGAAUGUUCCAACAACAGUGUUCACUCCGUUGGAGUAUGGAGCCUGUGGGUAUUCUGAAGAGAGUGCAGUGGAGAAGUUUGGGGAGGAAAACAUUGAGGUGUACCAUAGUUAUUUCUGGCCACUGGAAUGGACUGUCCCAUCCAGAGACAACAACAAAUGCUACGCAAAGAUAAUUUGCAAUAUUCAAGAUAACGAGAGAGUCAUUGGUUUACAUGUCCUUGGUCCAAAUGCUGGAGAAGUUACGCAAGGGUUUGCAGCUGCUAUUAAAUGUGGAAUGACAAAAGAACAACUGGACAGCACCAUAGGAAUUCAUCCAGUCUGUGCAGAGAUAUUUACCACGCUCUCUGUGACUAAGCGUUCUGGUGGAAAUACCCUUCAAGCUGGAUGCUGAGGUUAAAGACCCCCAUUGUUGUUAUUGCCAGAGACUGACUUUCAUCGCUGUGGCUGACUUGUGCAAUUCAGAAGGAACGUUUUGAGAGAAAUCAUCAUCAGACCUCUGCAGAAAUGUUUAAAUCUUAGCCAAAGCGCUCCAUUAUCCUAUGGAGAAGAGCACUGUGGGAGUUUAGUCACUUGCAGUGAUUGGAUGGCAAUCAACAACGCAAUGGGAAUAUUGACUAUUGAGCUGUUGCUUAGCAGGGCAUUUAACAGAAUGCUUUCAUGAAAUCACAGCCUGCAGCCAGCAUUUCCUGGUGGGCAGUGAUGGAAGAACUGUUAGCACAGCUCCACAAUAACUUUCUUUUCCUCUCUCUUUUGUUACCUGUACAAAGAGCUUCCUAAUUCAAAUGUAUUACCACAAGUUCGGAUAAUUGUAUAGUGCCUCUGUGUACUAAGGUAUAAAGCUGCAAUUGCAAGUUCUCUUCAUGAACAAACUUUUUAUCAGAUCACAGUCACAUAAGUGAGGCAUGCCUAUGGAUGGGAGGUUGUAUCUACAUGUUUGAUCAUGAAGAAGAAAAUAUCCUUGCAGAAAGGUUUAGUACCAUCUAGAAUAGCAUCUCUCUUGGCUUCCAAACUGACUUUGUCACAAUUUUUUAUUUUAGAGAUAUUUAUUUGUGAAGGCGUUUUUCUUGAUGAGUCAGGAAAAUACUUUUAAGGCAUUGUUAUAUAGGAAAGGUUUUUUCUGAUAGUCACAACCAUGCAUAUAGACAGAUGCGAUCUUUUUAGCUUUAUCUUGCAGCUUAUGUGAUUACAAUUAAUCCACUUUGGAACUGACAGAAUUCCAAUUUGGAAUAAAUUAUUUUGCCAAGAGCUUUGUAGAGCUUCAUUCAAUUUGAAUAAAUUCUUCCUUUUCACAUGGCCUAUCAUACUCUGCUGUGUUUCCAGUCUGAAGCAGCCACUUUGAACACGGCAGCAUACAGGCAGUCCUUCAGGUUAGUUGAGCUGUACAGUCAAAAACCAGCCAAACAAACAGAAAACACCCAACUCAACCUCCAAAAAACAAUAGUAAAAUCUUCUAGGUAGACAAGACCUAAAGCUGUAUUUAGUUCCACGUAUACUUUGUUUUGUAUUUGAUUAAGAAAACAAUACUUUUUAAACAGAUUUCCAUUAAAAAUGACAAACAGACUUACUUUCUUGAAUGUUCCUCCUAUGCUGGAUAAACUGCAUACAUAUUUAUCAAGAAAUGGUAAAGUGCUUCUUUGUAAUGGAAAUGAACCUGCUUUUUGAUCUGGUUCUUCAUUUCCCUCUAUUUUAGCAGGAGGUUACAGAUUACUAAUGGUUCUUGGGAGUUCAGUAUUGCAGCAUGAAUAAGGGUUAAAUUAUCCAGCUCCUUGGGCAGAAGACUCUAUGCCUAAAUUUCUACCUAGUAACAAAUUCAUCUUUUUUGACUGAGUUUUCUAUAAUAGCGUUUUAAGUUAUUUUUAUAAACUCAUACAUAACUGAAGGAUUUUUAAACAUGUUUUAUAUGGUAUCAGAACAAUCUGUGGUGUUACUUUUCUGGCCAGUUCAUUGAAUACAUGGAAUGUUGCACAAACAGAUGCUCAGUUUGAUGGAUCUUCCAAGCAAAGAAAUAAAGUUAUAACAAGAAGA